AGAGAGGCGAAGGAGUAGACUAGAUUCUCGCUUAAUUUGCAUUGCACCAAAAUCAGACACAAAACCACAAGGGAGGCAGAGAGAGACACACAAGAAAGCUUCAAGAGAAAACGAAUGGGAACUGUCGAACCUUCCAAUUCCCGCAAGUAUGGCGUUCCUUUCUAUGCUGCCGCUUGGCUUCCUUCAGCUUCUCUCCAAUCCAAACACCAACCUUCACAAUCUCAAGAUCCUCCACAUCAAUCCCCUGAUCCUGACAUUUCCUCCGCCGACAACAAAUCACUUCCAUCUCAUCCCGCCAGUUACUACGUAGCUGCCGCUGGCGGUGGCGGAGAAGGUCGGAGUGGGAUUUCCAAUGCCCUCAUACUCGCUCAUUUCGAUUUUGAAUCCCGCUCGCUCUCUGAUCACCCUGUUGCAAAAUAUGGAACUGGUUCUGAUUUGCCGUACAGAAUGGCUAUUCAUCCAGCUGGAGAUGGAAUUAUUUGUUCUCUACCAAAAAGUUGCAGCCUGUUUAAAGUGGAUACUGAGAAGGAUGCUGGAGAUGAGACACUUGGACUAAAACUCUCUCAGGAGGUCCUCAGCCCCUUGGAAGAUGUUGGACAGCAGUUAUCAUUGGCAUUUAACAACGAGGGCUCUUUGCUUGCCACUGGUGGUGAGGAUGGCAAUUUAAGGGUCUUAAAGUGGCCUAGCUUGGACAUUGUUCUCAAUGAGCCCAGUUCCCAUUCUUCGGUCAAGGACUUGGAUUUCAGUCCUGAUGGCAAAUAUCUUGUCUCCUUAGGUGGCCCUUGUAGAGUGUGGGAUAUAACUUCAUCGACUUUAGUAACCUCUCUUCCGAAAGAAAAUGAUGAGGUUUUUAUCUCAUGCAAAUUUUCUUUGACCAACAAUGGGGAUAUGGUUUUAUACACUGCUGCAGUGACUGGCAAAGGUGGAAGCAUUGUAUCUUGGAAUGCAACCACUUGGAGGAGGGUAGCCUCAAAGCUCAUAACUCGUGAUAAUAUUACUGCAUUCAAUGUUUCAUCUAGUGGAAGACUCCUUGCCUGUGGUACAACUCAGGGUGACGUUCUGAUCAUGAAUUCAACCAGCUUGCAAGUUCGAAAGAUAGUUAAAAAGGCACACCUUGGUUUUGUAACGGCAUUGAGCUUUUCCCCCGAUUCAAGAGCUCUGGUUUCUGCAUCAAUGGACUCCAGUGCUAGGGUGACUGUAAUUGAGGAGGAGCAGAAAAAAGGAAUGAACAUGUGGAUCAUCAUAUUCAUCUUGCUAAUUGCUAUUGCUGCUUAUUUUUUCAUUCAACAAUCCUGAAUUUCACAUAAGUUUGAGGUUCCCACCCUUUUUAAUGGUUGAAAUGAAGGUGGGAAUAUAGAGGAACUCAGAGCCUAACAGUUUGAAUUGAAACCGUUUCUUUUUCUUUUACUUUCCCUUGACAAUGACUAGUUAUAUUCAAAUUCAAAUAAGUAGUAUCCCAAUUCUAUGUUACAUGUAAAAUUCCCACAUUUUUGUUAGUGUUCAAAAUUGAAAUCUUUUGACAUUUACUUUGUAAUUUAGUUGGAUUUCUUAUCUCCUCUCUAACAUUAAAGAAUAAUUGUGAAUGUCAAAGUAUUGUUUACAACUCCUAUGAAUGUGAUUAGUUGGAUACAAUGACCAAGAAAAUGAAAGUGAACUUUAGAA